GAGAGAGAAUGGGGAUUCCUAAAAGGUAUUUGAGGGGAGGGGAGGCUGGAUGUGUAAGUGAUCCUGGUCUGCUAUGGGAGGGGUCUCCACCUCCCUUCUACUCCCUCAGUUUCAACUUGAUUGUAAACCCAGGCAGUGAGGAGUCUGUUUCGUCCUCCCUGAGCUCAGGACAAGGGGCGCCCUAUUAUAUACCCUGUCCUUGUCUAAGGGGGGUUAGUGACAAGUUCAAUAAACCCCCCCCCCACCCAACACCCACCCCCCAGCGCGACCUGUCAAUCACCUACCACAUCUGGGCACAGCACAUGUGGGACUUUGCCUCGAUUGCCCCCAUCGCUUAAAACCGACAGCAAAAGGGGGCUUUCUUCUUACCCAUAGUGCUCGGGGAGGUGGGCAAGAAUGUCUCACUUUUCGGUCAACGACCACUUGGAGGGGAUCCUCUCAGACUUUGAAGCUUUAAAAAGGUCAUUCGACAUGGAGGAUAUUGAUGAUACUCCUGUGUUUACACCAAUCUCUCCCCUCGCAUCUCCCUUCAGUCCAAGUCAAGCUACUGUAACUCGAACGAGCAACGGGGACAGUCGAAUAUCUACUGGAUCCCAUCAGCCAGUGUAUCAGUCCCGGAUCCGCAUUAGCUCAAGCUGUAGUCCAUCCCAGAGUCCUGUUCUCAAAACCAGAAUCACCAGCAGCUUGUCCUUCAACCGGGGGACCAUGCAAAUGGCAAAGACCAAUGGGAGUGCAGGACAAGGCCUAGCCCGCGUUUCUUCGUUUCAAACGCGGCUCAAUCCCAGCGGCUUUUCUUCCUCAGGACAUGGUAGUGAUAGUGAGAGUCUCCAUAGUUCAACUUCCAGUUUAGAGUGUCCCCCAGCUACGACACCUUUCCAACCGCUCCGUCCUACACCGACAUCAGUUGGACAGCAUGGCUCCGGUAUCACCAUUUCUAAUGUAACCAGCCCUGUACUGAAGAAGUUCUCCUCACAUGGAAAUGUGUUUCACUCCGAAAUUGAGCGGCCAGGAGUCUGUCUGGUACCUGUUGUUACUAAAAACCACUGCUCUUUGCCAUCGCUAGACCUUCACAUUGCUGAGGAUCAAAUUCCAGAUCUAGUCCCUUCUCCAGAUGCUGGGUACCCUCCAUCAGAGGGAUGGAGUUCACCAACCCCAGACUUCAAGCGACCUCUGUCAAGGAAUGCCACAAGUAUAAGCAGGGAACCUUCAUUUUCAUCCUCUUCAUCCUCUUCCUCACCACCCACUGAUUGCGCACCAAUUAACUGUGGCCUGAAUUCCUCCCCUUCACCACCUCCUGUCUUUGGUCCAGUGCAGCCAGCCACUCUGCAAAAGUUCCCAGUGGCUAUCCAGAGCUCUACAGGAAAACCUAACGGUUCCACUCUUGAGCAGCUUAACAGACCAUUGCCUCGCACGCAGCUGAGAGUUAACUUCCAUUCCACACCUGCUAUAUCUUCCCACAUAGGCAAGGAAAAAGCAGAGGUGGCUUUCAAGGGUCAACCUCAGACUACAUCUGUAGGGAAGAUACCAAGCUCUAAAAACUUCCCCAAGCAAACGUCACCUGUUUCUGGUUCUUGCAUGCUAACACAGUCAUUUCAACAAGAUUCAUCUCGAGAACCAAACUUCAACCAUUUCGGUCACAGCGUGAAGCCAUCAGAGAUUAAUUCAUCCACUGAGAGACUCAGGUCCAUGAUGCAGAGGGCCAACUCCUUCAGUAAAGCCGAUACUGUCCCUCUACAGAGUAACCAAGAGGUCAGUGAAAAGUUAUAUGGUGUGGUAGCUGACCCUCUAAAGAAUGUCAAAGAAACCAUCACCUACGAAAAGUCUUCAUUCUCAACCAGAAGAGAAGGAAAUGGACAUUCAGCACCCAUACCGUCCUAUCAUCGUGAAAAACUGCCAAACCUGCGAAUCUCUGAAGAGUCCAGAAAUGGGGUACUUCCUGUAAAGAAAUGCUUUCGAAAUGAACCUCAGAGUAAAGUACCAUUUGAGGCCCCUACAUUGUUGUCAAACAAGGAAGUUGACAGCCCGCCGAACCAUUCAGAAAACCCUGAUGAAGAAACACUGCAGAUUGCCGAUUCCAGAUUGGGAGACUCAGAUCACACUCCAGCCAACGCUGGAGGCAGGAUGGACGAGCUAAGCCUGGCCAGGUCGGCAGAAGAGUCCAUGGACACAAAGAUGUUUGAGGAACUAGGCCGGGAGCCCUUUGGUUAUGUGGGGAUUGACUCCGUGCUGGACCAGAUGAAGCGCAAGGCCAUGAAAUAUGGAUUUGAGUUUAACAUCAUGGUAGUGGGCCAGAGCGGUUUGGGCAAGUCCACCCUUGUGAACACUCUGUUCAAGUCAAAGGUGAUUCGCAAAUCUCCUGAUGCCGGGAUCCCCAAAACAUUGGAACUGAAAGCUGUCAGCCAGGUGGUCGAGGAGAAGGGAAUGGAGAUGAGGCUCACUGUCAUCGACACACCGGGAUUCGGAGACCAGAUCAAUAAUCAAAACUGCUGGGAACCAAUCAUCAAGUACAUUCAUGAGCAAUACGAGAAGUACCUGAGAGAGGAGAUUCUCGUCAAUCGGAAGCGUAGGAUCCCAGACUCGCGCAUACACAGCUGCAUCUACUUCAUCCCACCUACUGGUCACUGGCUGAGACCGCUGGACCUGGAGUUCAUGAAACGCCUAGGCCGCAUCGUCAAUGUGGUGCCCGUCAUCGCAAAAGCCGACACGCUCACAUUGGAAGAGAGAGAAGAGUUCAAAAAGAGGAUAAGGAAGGACCUGCAGACCCACGGAAUCAGCGUGUACCCUCAGCCGGAGCUGGAUGAAGACCCCACAGAGGCAUUACUCAACGACAAAAUACGGGAGAAGAUUCCCUUUGCCGUGGUUGGGACUGACGAAGAGCAUCAUGUCAACGGCAGGAGGAUUCUGGGCCGGAAAACCAAGUGGGGGAUCAUUGAAGUUGAGAACACAUCACAUUGUGAAUUUUCCAAUUUGAGAGACUUACUAAUAAGGUCCAACCUGCAGGAUCUGAAAGACAUAACCCACAACAUCCACUAUGAGACGUAUCGAGUCAGCCGACUGAAUGAGAAAAUGAAUGGCACUGCACCACAGAUGAAAGAUCAGUCCAAUGUAUGAGUCGUCUGCAAUAUUUCCAAUGGCGUGCCUGUCUAAUGGACAAAGCAACUCACUGCCGCUAUGUGUCACCGACACCAACUCACUGCCGUUAUGUCACACUCACCAACUCACCGCUGCUAUAUGACACACCAACUCACUGCCGCUAUAUGUCACACUCACCAACUCACUGCCGCUAUAUGUCAUACCAACUCACUGCCGCUAUAUGCCACCGACACCAACUCACUGCUGUUAUAGGUCACACUCACCAACUCACUGCCGCUAUAUGUCAUACCAACUCACUGCUGUUAUAUUAAACACCAAAUCACUACUUAUACCAACUCACUGCCGCUAUAGGUCCCACUUACCAACUCACUGCCGCUAUAGGUCCCACUCACCAACUCACUGCCGCUAUAGGUCCCACUCAGCAACUCACUGCUGCUAUAGGUCCCACUCACCAACUCACUGCCGCUAUAGGUCCCACUCACCAACUCACUGCCGCUAUAGGUCCCACUCACCAACUCACUGCCGCUAUAUGCCACGACACCAACUCACUGCCGCUAUGUGUCACCGACACCAACUCACUGCCGCUAUGUGUCACCGACACCAACUCACUGCCACUAUACAGAUGGAGCCCUGCUCAUCUAUCCCUUUAAUAGGAUUAAUUGAGCCAGGGCAGUCGGAUUUAAUCCCCUGCUGUAAUGACUUAAUCCCCUGCUGUAUUGUUCUCUCUGUAUUGUAUUGCAGCUGAGAACAAUAGAUGAAAGGUUUAUGCUAAUAAGCCUUGGUGCACCUAGGUGCAGCAGAGAAGGCUAGAUGAGCGAAGCUCCAUCUGUACGUGUCAGACACCAACUCACUGCCUCUACCAACUCACUGGCACUAUAUAUGUCACAGACAUCAACUCACUGCUGAUCUCUAUACCAGACACACCGACUCUCUGCCGAUCUAUGCACCAGACACACCGACUCUCUGCUGAUCUGUGUACCAGACACACCGACUCUCUGCUGAUCUAUGUACCAGACACACCGACUCUCUGCUAUAUAUACACCAGACACACCGACUCUCUGCUGAUCUAUGCACCAGACACACCGACUCUCUGCUAUCCAUACGCCAGACACACCGACUCUCUGCUAUCUAUACACCAGACACACCGACUCUCUGCCGAUCUAUGCACCAGACACACCGACUCUCUGCUAUCUAUACACCAGACACACCGACUCUCUGCCGAUCUAUGCACCAGACACACCGACUCUCUGCUGAUCUAUGUACCAGACACACCGACUCUCUGCUAUCUAUACACCAGACACACCGACUCUCUGCUAUCCAUACGCCAAACACAGACUCUCUGCUGAUCUAUACACCAGACAUACCGACUCUCUGCUGAUCUGUGUACCAGACACACCGACUCUCUGCUGAUCUAUGUACCAGACACACCGACUCUCUGCUAUCAAUACACCAGACACACCGACUCUCUGCUAUCCAUACGCCAGACACACCGACUCUGCUGAUCUAUACACCAGAUCCACGGCUCUCUGCCGAUCUAUACAGCAGACACACCGACUCUCUGCCGAUCUAUACACCAGACUCACUGACUCUCUGCCGAUCUGUACACCAGACACACCGACUCUCUGCUGAUCUAUACAUCAGACACACCGACUCUCUGACGAUCUAUACACCAGACACACCGACUCUCUGUCGAUCUAUACACCAGACACACUGACUCUCUGCUGAUCUGUACACCAGACAUACCAACUCUCUGUCGAUCUAUACCCCAGACACACAGACUCUCUGCUAUCCAUACACCAGACACACCGACUUUCUGACGAUCUAUACACCAGACUCACCAACUCUCUGCCGUUCUAUACAUCAGACACACCGACUCUCUGUCGAUCUAUACACCAGACACACCAACUCUGUGCUGAUCUGUACACCAGACAUACCGACUCUCUGCCGAUCUAUACACUAGACACACAGACUCUCUGCUGUCCAAACACCAGACACACCGACUCUCUGCCGAUCUAUACACCAGACACACAGACUCUCUGCUAAUCUAUACACCAGACACACCGACUCUCUGCUGAUCUAUACACCAGAUACACCGACUCUCUGCCUAUCUAUACACCAGAAACACAGACUCUCUGCUGAUCUAUAUACUAGACACACCGACUCUCUGCUGAUCUAUACACCAGAAACACUGACUCUCUGCUGAUCUAUACACUAUACAUACCGACUCUCUGCUGAUCUAUGUACCAGACACACCGACUCUCUGCUGAUCUAUACACCAGACACACAGACUCUCUGCUGAUCUGUACACCAGACACACCGACUCUCUGCUGAUCUAUACACCAGACACACGACUCUCUGCCUUUCUAUACACCAGAAACACAGACUCUCUGCUGAUCUAUACAGUAGACACACCGACUCUCUACCGAUCUAUACACCAGACAUACCGACUCUCUGCCUAUCUAUACACCAGACACACCGACUCUCUGCUGAUCUAUACACUAGACAUACCGACUCUCUGCUGAUCUAUGUACCAGACACACCAACUCUCUGCUGAUCUAUAUACCAGACACACAGACUCUGCUGAUCUAUACACCAGACACACCGACUCUCUGCUGAUCUAUACACUAGACCAGGCCUGGCCACCUGUGGCUCUCCAGCUGUUGUAAAACUACAAGUCCCAUCAUGCCUUGCCACAAUUAUGCUAUUAGGGAAUGCUAAAACUGUUGCAGGGCAUGUUGGGAUGUGUAGUUUCACAACAUCUGGAGAGCCAUAGGUUGGCCAGGCCUGCACUAGACAUACCGACUCUCUGCCGAUCUAUACACCAGACACACCGACUCUCUGCUGAUCUAUACACUAGACAUACCUCUCUGCUGAUCUAUACACCAGACACACCAACUCUGUGCUGAUCUGUACACCAGACAUACCAACUCUCUGCCGAUCUAUUCACUAGACCAGGCAUUCCCAACCGCGGUCCUCAAGGCACACCAACAGUGCAGGUUUUAGUGAUAUCCAGGCUUCAGCACAGAUGGUUAAAUCAAAAUAACUGUGGUACUAAUUAAGUCACCUGUGUUCAAGCCUGGAUAUCACUAAAACCAGGACUGUUAGUGUGCCUUGAGGACCGAGGUUGGGAAACACUGCACUAGACACACAGACUCUCAGCUAUCCAUACACCAGACACACCGACUCUCUGCCAAUCUAUACACCAGACACACCGACUCUCUGCUGAUCUAUACACCAGACACACCGACUCUCUGCUGAUCUAUACACCAGACACACCGACUCUCUGCCUAUCUAUACACCAGAAACACAGACUCUCUGCUGAUCUAUACACUAGACCACAGGUUCUCAAACUCGGUCCUCAGGACCCCACACGGUGCAUGUUUUACAGGUCUCUUCACAGAAUCACACGUGAAUAAUUAGCUCCACCUGUGGGCCUUUUAAAAUGUGUCAGUGAGUAAUUAAUACACCUGUGCACCUGCUGGGUGACCUGCAAAACAUGCACUGUGUGGGGUCCUGAGGACCGAGUUUGAGAACCACUGCACUAGACACACCGACUCUCUGCUGAUCUAUACACCAGAAACACUGACUCUCUCCUGAUCUAUACACUAUACAUACCAACUCUCUGCUGAUCUAUGUACCAGACACACCGACUCUCUUCUGAUCUAUACACUAGACAUACCGACUCUCUGCCGAUCUACACACUAGACAUACCGACUCUCUGCUGAUCUAUAUACCAGACACACCGACUCUCUGCUGAUCUAUACACCAGACACACAGACUCUCUGCUGAUCUGUACACCAGACACACCGACUCUCUGCUGAUCUAUACACCAGACACACGACUCUCUGCCUUUCUAUACACCAGAAACACAGACUCUCUGCUGAUCUAUACAGUAGACACACCGACUCUCUACCGAUCUAUACACCAGACACACCGACUCUCUGCUGAUCUAUACACCAGACAUACCGACUCUCUGCCUAUCUAUACACCAGACACACCGACUCUCUGCUGAUCUAUACACUAGACAUACCGACUCUCUGCUGAUCUAUGUACCAGACACACCAACUCUCUGCUGAUCUAUAUACCAGACACACAGACUCUGCUGAUCUAUACACCAGACACACAGACUCUCUGCUGAUCUAUACACCAGACAUGCCGACUCUCUGCUGAUCUGUUUACCAGACACACCGACUCUCUGCUGAUCUAUAUACCAGAUACACCGACUCUCUGCUGAUCUAUAUACCAGACACACUGACUCUCUGCUGAUCUGUACACCAGACACACUGACUCUCUGCUGAUCUGUACACCAGACACACUGACUCUCUGCUGAUCUAUACACCAGACACAUCGACUAUCUGCCGAUCUAUACACCAGACACACCGACUCUCUGAUAAGACACUGACUAUAAACCGGCAAUAUGACUCUUCGUGGUCUACACAUGUGGCAAUGUACACCUACUGUAUCUUCAAAUGCGCCAAAUAGCCCGUUUCACGGCCUUCGAUAUUUGAAUCAAUUUGCGUCUGUUUUGCACUGCUAAUGUGAUAGGAGCACAAGUUCUGCGGACCCUGUACACCAAUAGUGGAUCUGUCUGUAAUAGCAGUGCGAGAAAGACGGUAAUCUGAGAACAAGCCAGGGACCGGUAUGACUGAGGUGCACCUUGCAUCCUGCCAUGCAGCACUGUGUGGAUUUACACUGCCACAAGUGCAAGAAGAGUGCAAGUCCUACAUCCCCAGUACACUAUAAGUAUGUUGGUACGUGGCUGCAGAAUGAAAAACAUGUGAAAGUAUGAAAUUGGAUAUCCGUGGCUCCGCAUCUAGGUUGUGUCCACGUCUCACAUCACAGAUGUGUCCUUAUACACUGUUGCUGAAGUUGUGGCAAACGGCCCCUCUCAGCGCACCAGGUGCUGGGCGAAUCGGCUGCACCGGAUAUCUUUCUCACACAAAAUGUGCGUCUGAUUCGCAUAAAUAAAACAACUGGAAGCAACAAAACUACAUUGCGAGCCUGCGCUGAUCUUGUGUGGGAGCGAGUCUGUAUCUGUGUACGAAGUGCUACGGUGCAGCGACCCUUCCGUUGUUCUUCAUCUGUGACUUUGUACCUGUGUUAUAGCAAUUCCUGUGCGGUUACAGUUGAAUCCCGUCAUCUCCAGGACACUGUGACUGAAAUGCGACCAAGAGGCAAAAUUGAAAGAAUAAGACAGUACACUACACCUCUCAAAACGGUUCAUUUGCACCAGCCGUCUCGCCCUGUGUGGUGUAUAGGCACCAGAAGCAAUAUGUAAUAGCCUGCGGGGUGCAGGCUGUUCGGGAAUUCCGGCGAGUCUGCAAUCAUUUACAAGGCAAAACCAGGACACAUCUGUAAAAGACAGACACUCCGACUUUCUGUGGUCUAUAGGACAGAUGUAUCAAGCCAUGGAGAGAGAUAAAGUGGUGCAGUUACACAAAGCAUCAGCUUCUGUCAUUUCAAAUACUGUAAAUGACAGCUGGAAGCUUUGGGAAUCUUCUCCACUUUACCUCUCUCCAAGGUUUGAUCCACCUCCCCCUGUAUGAUAUACACACUGACAGUUCGUGAUCUGUAUGACAGACACAGGUUCCCUGCUGGACUAUGGGGCAGAUGUAUUAACCUGAAGGCAUAAGGAAGUGAUAAACCAGU